CAUUUUUAGGGGUGCGUACUAUACAUGGGGGCGCACUAUACACGGAAAAAAACGGUAAUAUAGCUGACGUGUCUUGCGCAUACGUUCUGCGCAUCUGUAAUGGCGGCCUCCGUAUGACGUCCGGUCCGCGAUGGAGAUUAAAAACAAACAAUAUUUGACAAUAACACACCAUCAAGGAUUGCACCAUCGCAUCAAACGAUGUGUCGUCAAUUAUGGAUUUUUUUGACUAAGUGUGUUGGGCAGGAUGGCUGAAUGCGAUGCGCGAUUGACAACAAACAAGAAGAAAGGUGAGUUUUAUUUCGGGGGAGAUUUGUCAUGUCUCGUCCCCAGUUUUGCUAUGUGUCAAGGUUGCCAUAGUUUCUGUUCGCGUCGCCCCUCUCUUCCUGUGUCACCUCAAUCGAUGUAACGUGUUUUGUAUUUAAGUCCUGUCUGCCCCUCGCUCACCGUUGGAUCAUUGCAUGUGUUACUGUCAUUCUGUUCCUGUCUUUGGUAAUGUCACCCUGUCUUUUUGUUCCACGACUUUGUCGGUCAGUUCUGUUGUUGGUUUUGUUGUACCAUGACUUUCUUUAAAAAAAAAAGAAAAAAAUUUAAAAAAAAAAAAAUUAAUUUUUUUUUUUUUGUACCCAUGUAUAAUACGCACCCCAGAUUUUAGGACAAUAAAUUAGUUAAAUUUUGCGCACUAUACACGGAAAAAAACGGUAUUUUACAUGGAUGUGUCACCUGUCUUAAACUUCGUGGAAGAAGAGAGAGGCAGAAAAUGUCGGACCUUCCCCAAGAACGGUUGAGCACUUCACCUCCCUUUACAUACACUGGUGUGGAUGUCUUCGGUCCCUGGUUUGUGACAGCAAGGCGCACAAGAGGAGGCUUAGCUCAAAGUAAACGAUGGGCUGUUCUGUUCACAUGCUUGAGUACCCGCGCCGUCCAUAUAGAGGUGAUUGAGUCCAUGGAUACUUCCUCCUUCAUCAACUCCCUGAGAAGGUUCUUUGCAAUCCGUGGCCCUUCUCAACAGCUACACUCAGACCGUGGAACCAACUUCAUUGGUGCUUGUAAAGAGCUGGAGUUUGAGAAAGUUCUGAAGGAAUCAGAGGUCCAAACAUACACCAACAGUAAAGGUUGUUCAUGGCAUUUCAAUCCACCUCAUUCCUCACACAUGGGUGGUGCGUGGGAACGCAUGAUCGGAGUCGCAAGGAGGAUUUUGGAUUCAAUGCUGAUGCGUACUCACUCCUCAAGUUUGACCCAUGAAGUCCUGUGCACUUUUAUGGCAGAGGCGACAGCCAUUAUCAACUCUAGACCGCUUGUUUCUAUUUCAUCUGAUCCAGAUGCUCCUCAGAUACUCACACCGGCAAUGCUCCUUACUAACAAACAAAGUAUUCUACCUCCAGCUGGGAAGUUCACCGACAAAGACUUGUUCAAGCAGCAGUGGUGCCAAGUACAAAGGUUGGCUGAUCAAUUCUGGAGUCGCUGGAGGCGCGAAUACCUGCACACUCUGCAAGUUCGACACAAAUGGCAGGAAUCCAGACCUAACAUUGAAGAUGGGGAUGUCGUUAUGUUGAAGGACAGUAAAACGUGUCGUAACGACUGGCCCAUGGCCCUUGUGACUAAGACCUUUCCUGGACGUGAUGGAAGAGUUCGCAAGGUCGAGAUGAGAGUUGUUAAAGAUGGAUCCAUGACUGCACUGCAACCUACAGCGACAACCGUAUCGUGAAGUUUGCUGACGACACGACUCUGGUGGGUCUCAUCACCAAGGGAGACGAGACUCAAUACAGGCUGGAGGUUGACCUUCUGACCACGUGGUGCAGGGACAACAACCUCCUGCUGAACGUCGACAAGACCAAGGAGAUUGUUGUGGACUUCCGGAAGGGUCACACCCAACACCUGCCGCUGACCAUCGACAGUGCUGUGGUGGAGCGAGUGAGCAGCGCCAAGUUCCUGGGGGUGCACAUCAGUGAGGAUCUCUCCUGGUCCACCAACACCGCGUCACUGGCAAAGAAAGCCCAGCGCCGCCUGUACUUCCUGCGGAAACUAAGGCGAGCGAGCGCUCCUCCGGCCGUCAUGACUGCAUUUUACCGCGGCACCAUUGAGAGCGUCCUCUCCAGCUGUAUUGCUGUUUGGGGUGGCGGCUGCACUGACUACAACUUGAAGACCCUGCAGCGCAUAGUGAACACUGCUGGUAAGAUUGCUGGUGCUUCGCUCCCCUCCUUGAAGGACAUUUACACCUCCCAUCUCACCCGCAAGGCGACCACGAUUGUGAGUGAUGCGAGUCACCCCGCUCACUCUUUGUUCGAGCUUCUGCCCUCUGGGAAGAGGUACAGAAGCCUGCGCUCCCGCACCUCCAGACUCUCAAACAGCUUCAUACUCCAGGCUGUUAGGAUCCUGAACUCGCUCCCCCGUUCUGCGUAGCGUCCUGUACUUUUACUGUCUGAACUGUCUGAAUGCACACUGGCUCUUAUUAUUUAUUAUUUGUUAUUACUCUUAUUUAUUGUUUGUGCCUUUUUGUUUAUGAUGUUUUUUACUUUUGCGCUAUGCUUGCUGGCUCCGUUAUUUAUUGUGUUAUCUGUUUAUUUAUUAUUUAUUCAUCACUCUUACUAUUGAUUGUUUGAAUUUUUGCCUUCUUGUUUUUAUAUUGUGUCGCGUACAUGUAUGUCUAUCGUGUUAUGUGUCUCGUCACCGUGGGAUAGAGAAAAACGUAAUUUCGGUCUCUUUGUGUGUUGUGACAUGUGGAGAGAUUGACAAUAAAGCUGACUUUGACUUUGACUUUGACUUUGAAGUUCUUUAGACCAGUUACAGAGAUUGUUCUGCUUCUGAAAAGGCAGGACUGAAACAUUUAACUGUAGGAUGUUUUAGUUCAAUGUGUGGCAUCUUGUCAGAUACCAGGCGGGGAGUGUUCUGCCCCGAAACUUGUCUGUUCGGUGUUCGACAGAUAGACUUUUAUUUUGAAGGCGAUGUCUAGCAGGAAGUCGGCCGGUGGCCAUUUUUGUCGUAAUCACAACAAGCCGUGGGCAGCUAGUGCUAGUCAAGUGUUCAUCCAUGGUCAUCCUUGUUUCUGUUUGUGCCUUCGACAUCAUCGUCUGUAAGUUUCCAUUUAUAUUUUAAAGCUCUAUCAUAUUUUCGUAUUAUUUAUGAGGAGUCUUUAUUGAAAGUACGAAUGUUUGUCGUAUUUUUUCCGUAUCGCUUUUCAGUUUUACUCCAUGUUUUGGGAGAACACUGCAAUAAAAAGGAGCUUUGGAAGCUAUACCCUGACUCAGUGUCUACCUUAGCAGGAGUUAGGCUUACUGCUGAAUUGGUAUUAGAAACACACACAAGGAGAGCAGGAAAGUCACUGAGGAUUAACAAUAAUAACUAGAAUUUGUAAUUUUUGGAGAAAUUGUGUGUGAAGGCGAAGAGGCUGAAUACAAAUUCGGGGAAUGCUACAAGAUUAUGUUUAAAUUUGGAACGUGUUGAAUUGGUCAGAAAAUUGAUGAAAAUAUAGAAAGAAUUUUGUAAAAUUGGGCGUGAAUUUCAAAGUUGAAAAUUUGAAAUUUUUCACAAGUGGGAAGUUUAGGAAUAGGUAGGCAUAAGAUGAAUAGUUAAAAAAAAAAAAUUGAAACGGGUUGAGUCAGUGAAAAAAUAAUUAGAAAUUAAAAGGGAAAAAGGAAAUUUUGCAAAAUGUUACCGCAAUGUUGAAAGUGAAAAUGUGAAAUUUUAAUCUAGAAAGUGAAAGAAGGUGAAUUGGAAAGUGAAAGAAGGUGAAUUGGAGGAAUUAUGUGGAAGAAAAUGAGAAAUAUUGAAUGUGCCAUGAAGAAUGAAUGGUGAAAUAUUGGCUUAAAAUUUGCAAAUUUCUCAAAAAUCGUAAAUAUUUAGAAUAUUUGGCAUGAAUAUUUGGAAUGUGUUAAGAGUGGAAUGAAGUGAAUCAGAUGAAUUCGUAGAAGUAGUUAAGUUAAAAAAUUAAUAAAUAAAAAAGAGGCAGAAGAAUGCAGAAGAAGUUGAAUAAUGAUAAAGUCAAUGCAAGGCAAGUUUAUUUAUAUAGCCCACAAGCAAGUCUCAAAGGGCUUCAAAUGUACAAAAAUUGACAAUUUAAAGUACAGGAACAAUAAAUGUGAGGGGCACAAUGAUGAUCAUGACAGCAAAAAUAUUCCUAAUUGGUUUUGAUAGGUAGAAAGGGGGAGCGUGGAAGGUUUUCACACUUUGUGAUAUAGCGUGACUCCAUUAUCAAAAGUAAGUAUUUAAUUUUAAGAAAUGGCAUCAACAAAGAGAGAACGAUAAUCUUCAAGGUGAUAGCGUAAGUGGCAGGAGGAAGCUGUGUAUAUUGUUUUUAAACAUUAUUUCUGGUAUCAUUAUUUUUUAGGAGGGUCAGUUAUGCUUGUGAGAAGAUGACUGAGGGAACAAGGUAACAGUAAAAGGGAGUGCUCUAUAAAUUGUUGGUUCUUUGCCAGAGGUAGUUAUUUGGAGGGAUGAAUUUAAACUGAAAGCCAAAUGGAACUGUUUAGUGGAAGAAAUAUGGGAAUGUGGAAAUAUUCAACACAAAGUGUCAAAUAGUCUAAGUGAGAGAUGUGAGCAAACUAAAUGGGGAGUUAAAUCAUGUUCCAGCAUUAUGCAUAUUGGCAAACGAGGAGAGGACAGGAAACCAGACAAUUAGAUAUUAAUUUUGGAUUUAAAAUAAAAAAGGGAAAUUUUAAUUGAGGAGAAUAUUUUGUGUAGGGACGGUUCCUUUUUACAAUUUAAUAUUGUAUGUUUUUCUGUGUGUGUUGUGGAAUGACAGUUUGUCUGUAAUGGUGUAUGAAUGUCAAGUCUGUGCUUGUGGUGUGGUGUUUGUGUAUUGUGAAUGGUUGACAUGAUUCAAAGUUGGGGUGAUGUGAUCACAGCAGAGGAUAACAUUCCUCUCACCUGAAAAAUAUAAAGAUACUACAGAUUUGAAAAAGCACGAUUGAUCAGGACUCAUUUUUGACUAAAUAUGGGUUUAGGAUUACUCAGGGGCACCAUCGACAACAAAACAGUGCGAUGGAGAAGGCCCAUUUCAGUAAUAUGGUUAGACAAGACAGAACUGGUAUCGAACAUUAAGACUUUGGACGAUUUGACGUGUGACGACUUUGAGCUCACCCGACGGGGUGACGGACUAGGUGGACAGUGACCAAAUGUUUGACGCUUGAGCUUGCUUGCGACAAGUGCACGCUCUGCUUUGUUUUUCUGUGUGACUUAAUUUUUUUUGCAGCAGCAACAGCCACCAGCCAAGGAGCGGAUUGCGCGCUGCUUGCGUAACUUGUUUUCGUUCUUGCAGGUUGUCAAUUGCGUUCGUGGAAGAUUUGUAUUGAAUUUACAAGAAUAUGUUAACCUUUACCCUUUUGGUUUUUAUGAUGAACUUGUUGAUGACAUGGUUUUCAGGACAUGAUCCGCGGGCGCCAGGAUUCAUUUUAUGACUGGUUUUAUUUUGAUACUUGAUGUCUGUUUUUGUGUGUACAAAUGUCCGCUAUCAGCAGGGCUAUAAGAUCAAUGACAGGAGUGGAAUGAUUUUGUUUGUGUUGCUGAGUGUGUGGUAGAGGAGCUAGAGGUUCCGCGGGCCUGGCUACAAUGAGUGUGGUGAUAAGAGGGGAUGCUUUGCAGGUUCCUUUUGAUACGUAAUGACACAUUGGGUGAAUGUGUCAAAAGGGGGAGUGGUAAAAUAGAAAUGGGUGAGUAUGUUGUAAAAUAGAAAUGGGUGAGUAGGUUUCAAUCUGUAAUUGUGAUAUACAAAGUUUUUUUUCCAAAUUCACUUGUUUUUAAGCUUUAACAGGACAUGCCAGAAUUCAACUAGCAGUGAUGGAAGGAGCAGAGGAAGACCAGUGACAUCUGGUUGUGGUGUGGUGACAACAAAUUAUAUGAUCGCUUGCCGAAGGAUGCAUCAGGUAUCUGUGCCCUUGUGUCUUUGAUAAUGCCUAUGGUGGUUGUCCCCAUUGAAAUACAGAAUCUCAAUUGGAACAUGGAGUCCCCACUGGCGGGGCUCCUGAAGCGAGCCAAAAGAGAUGUUUUGCCCACAUGGUUAAGCGACAACGAUCCAACAUAUAUUGACGCCAUUGGAGUGCCCCGGGGUGUGCCAGAUAAGUAUGAACUCGUUAAUCAAGUGUCUUCGGGAUUCGAAAGCAUUUUCCUAUGGAUCACCCCCAACAAAAAUGUAUCAUUUGCAGCGGUCCAUGAACAAUUGGCAUUGAUGUCGUUCCAAAAUAGAAUUGCGUUGGACAUGCUAUUGGCUAAGGAACAUGGUGUGUGCGGAAUGUUUGGUGAUGCAUGUUGUACUUUCAUCCCCAACAACACAGCACCAGGGGGCCGACUGACCCAGGAAGGACUAAGGACACUGAAUAAAAAGAUGAAAGAUCAUUCAGGUGUACGCACCGAUAUUUGGUCUGAUUGGAUGAAAACGUUCGGAAGCUGGAAAGGCCUCAUCAUGUCUGUGCUCGUUGCUGUGGCUUUACUGCAGUGAUGAUUUUGUUGUUGUAUUCCAUGUAUUAGGUCACUCACUGUCCGGUUGAUCGAGAAAACCGUUGGCCCGUUGUCACCGAACGGCCAAUAUACCCUGGUGACUCAACAUGAGCCACGGGGGGAAGAAAGGACCGACAGCAUGCUGGUCGCUGCUUGCUAGAGUAACGGGUGAUGACCUCAUAAAUGAGGUCAUGAGAGGGAAUAAAGGGAAAUGUACUUUCGGCAGUUUGCAAAGACAUUUGAUUAAGGCUCCGUUAGACAGAUAUAACCAUAUCAAUAUAAUUUCUAGUAGUAGUGUGGUCGCUUAAUAAGUGGAAAGGAAUGUGCAGGCUACAUGAAUUUGUUUUCUUCAAAGUAUUGUGGAACAGGAGGUCCAGAAAGGGAGCAUAUCUCAAGGCCGAUGGGAACGCGAAAAACAACUCGUCUUUGUGGUCCAGACACCUGUGCUGAGCAGGGGAAAACCCAAACGAGGAGGAGAUGACCAUGGACCAUCGACCAAUCACCACACAAUCUUUUGCAUGUUUGAAUAUUCAUAUUGUGUUUCUUUAAAACUGGGCAACCCGGAAGAAUGUGUCGUCUUUUCUGGUCACGAAGGCACACGAGUUUUUGUGUUAAGGACCCAAGACCCAGGCGCCUGUAUUAGCUUGCUUUGUCAGGAUUAAACAAUUGGUAAAUCCGG